AUGGAACAGCUAUUAACUGCGUUAACUCAAAGUCAACAGCAGCUCGCUCAGAGCCAGCAGAUUCUCAUGCAACAGUUAGCCGAUUCGCAGAAACACAUGGUAACGCUUUUGCAGCAAACGCAAGGUAACCUCACUUCUACUUCUUCGCAAUCAACGGUUUCGGACAGCGUUGUUUCCGCCCCUCUGGCUAAAUCUUCUCAAUUCUCAAGCCUUGCUGAGCGUUUGGGCAAAUUUAUUCAUGAACCGGAUAAGGGAAAAACCUUUACGUUGUGGUACGAACGCCACGAGGGCACCUUUACGGAUGGUGCAAAAGGUUUAAUCGAAGAGGAACGUAAGCAGUUACUUCUUAACGCCUUGGGCGAUGAUGAAUACCAACGUUUAUUAGGCCGUUUGUCGCCUGUGAAGCCAUACGAUUUGAAUUUCUCUGACCUUGUGAAGCAGCUAAAAAAGCAAUUUCAUGACAAUAAGUCGCUUUUUCAACGCCGUUUCGAACCGCUUAAUUUUCGGGCAACGCCGCCUAUGGCGGUAAUCUAUAUUCUUGAUCGAAUAAGCAUUCUGGGAGAUGCUUUUGAAAUUAAUAAUUUCAAUAUAGACCAGCUCAAAAUUUUGCUUACUGCAAUUGCACUUAGCGAUCAUGCUUAUCACACUGAACGUGCUCUCUUGUUUAAAAUUACAGCGGAGAAAGAAAAUUGCACUUAUAGCGAUAUUAGAGAAAUCUGUUACGCCCAUGUAGUACGUUCUGCGGAUGUAAAACGCGUCGAGGAUCAACAUAGCAACGAAGUUAAUGCCGUACAAAAAUGGUCCGGAACUAAAAGUACAAACAAGGAAGCCAAGCAUCGCACCAAGCAGCCGUUGAAGAAAGUAACAUCUUCGCAAUGUCACGGCUGUGGCCUUACGACACAUUCAAGAGAAGACUGUCCGUUUAAGGAAGCGGACUGUAGAAUUUGCAAAAAGACUGGCCAUAUUGCAAAAGUCUGUCGCUCUAAAGGAGCUUCUCUCAAGCAUCGUAAAUACGUCGAAAUUUUGCUAAACGGUAAAAAGAUAAAAAUGCAACUGGAUACUGGCGCGGACAUAACAACAAUCGGAACAAAGGUAUAG